AACAAACAAAAAACAAACAAAUGAAAACUGAAAUUUACAAUGAUUAUUAGAGAAAAACAUUUCUUACAGGGUUCAGGUACAUUUUCUUGGCAAUAAUCUGGCGCCAUCUAGUCGAGAUAUGUGUUCAGAUGUGUUCCUUCCCUAAAAUAAGACACUCUUCAAAUAGCAAAUACGUUAAAUAAAGUUUCAUGUUUGUAAAACUAAUCUUCGUUGUUGUUAAACACCUAUGUAAUAAUAAAAUUCAUGUUGGAGCCAAAACAGCGACCACAGGAACGUUUUGGAACGCUCAGUUUCAUAAGUUUGGUUUUUCAGUAUAAUACGACACUAAUAAUAAGCAAAUAUCCUAGUAUUGCUGUAUUACUGUUUAAUAUAGUUUUAUUUUUACAAAGGGACUUAGCUCAUUUAGCUACAGUAUCAUUCUCAUUUUCUAGCGGAACAAAAUCCUGGUAAUAUGUUCCAGUCCAAUACACUGUGAUAGCAAACUCGCAUUUGCAAACCGUACAUUUGUACUAAUCUACAAGGUAUGUCACGAGUUACAUACACCGUUAACCCCUGCAAUUAUUUAGAAGACAUUAAAGGAAAGUCAGGGUAGCUUUGCGGGGUGUGCUUAUCAGUGGUCAGUGAUGUGAUGCACGAAAAUGUAGCGCUUAAAGCCUAAUGUUCGUAAUUCCCCUCUUUUUUGGUUCAGAACAACUCACUGGAUUUGCCAUUGCUAUUUUGUCCCGCAAAAGGAUCCAUUUGAACACAGUCAUGUCAGACACCGAAAUUACCAACAUAUUUGAAAAAAUCAUGAAAGACUACUUGGACGAACGUCAUCGCAACGUCACGGCCAGUAAAGAGGUCCUGGGCCAGACUCUUGAGACACAGGAGCUUUGUGGCUCUGAUCUGUAUGUGGCGUUGUUAAUGGGAAUCCUCUCCAUCUUCAUCAUGGUCACGCUGGUGAGCGCGGUCAGGUCCAAAAGGAGAGAGCAUUCGGAGGAUCCCUAUCACAACUACAUCAAAACGGAUCUGAACCUGGGGGAUCUCAGCCGUCACAUACAGGAAAACAAAGGAGUCUGGGAAUGUAAUGAUGUCGGAACCCCGUCUCCAUAGUGUCCAUGUGCUUUCCUUAGCUUCAGUGUCCCAUUCUUACUGUUGAUAUUUCCUUCCCCUGUUACAUGUGAUCGUAUUAUAUUGCAGUCAUAUGAACUGAAUCAAUUGCUUCAUUUUGUAUUGGUAUCAUUAUUUAUUUACGUAGACAAUUUUGACGCAAAAAGAAGCAAACAUUCUAUUUUAUGAUACACCAGGAUAGUAUUUCAACUUUUUCAACACUCACUAAGUUGAAAACUGUUAUUUCCCUAAUUCAUUUUCAUCACUAAAAUAGUUUCUCAAUUUUUUGCACAUCGUUAUGCUGCCAUUUAGUAAGGAGUAUUAGAUUUUCACAAGAACAUUUUGGAACUAAUCUUAACUUUAACAGAGCUGACAAAGUCCUAUGAAGAGUUGGUUCAAUAGGGUUUUAAAAGUUUAUGCUGUUGCUAAACAAGCACUUGAAUUGGUCCUUUAUGAAAAUGAACUAUCUGAAUACUUCUCAUUUGGUGUGUUAAUCCCAUGGUUAACCACAGUAUACUGUAAUCUACUAGUUUACCUCAUUUGGGGUUUCAGACAUUGUGUAUGCAUGAGAUAUUUCACAGAGAAGACUGAAACGUUGAUUUAUCUAUUUCCUCAUUUGGUUUUCAAGUGUGACAUGGAAGAGACAGUGUCCAUUUUGAUAUUAUUAACAUACCAACAAGGGCUAGCAACUGUGCCGUUCUCAAUCUUCAUCAACCAGGGUCAUUAAUGGUCAAUCAUAUACAUUUUAACACAUGGUGACUAUAACUUCAUAGGGGUCAUGUAAUGAGUGAAAAUAAGGACAAUAAAUAUUAUUCUGAGUAGGCUUUGUUAAAAUUGACAUUUAAACACAACCUUAUUGGGCCACUUUCAGUGUUUUGGAGUGUAUAAAAAUGUAUAUUAUAAAUGAUGCCGUAACUGCUGCUUCUUUACACAGAACCCUGCUUUGUUUAAUCAGCUAUGCAAGGUACCCCUCAGCUUACCAGACAGUGAGAUACCACAGUGUGAGGGUGAGGUGAGUCAGUGAGUUUAGAAAAGGAAUAGAUGGGUAAGUGCUUUAUGUUGUAGAAAAGAAAACACUCCUUGAAAACCUACAAACGAAAAAUCUGAAGUUUCAUGUUGCUUGACUCCAAUUUUAGCCAAAACUCUUUACACACGAUCCUAAAUGUGAGAGAAAAAGUCAUAUUUAAAUUUAAAAUCAAAUGAAGAAAAACAUUUUGAGGCAAUUGAAAAUGACAGUCGUUUAAGCACGUUAAGUUUGUUUUAUUAUUCUUCCUCUUUGGACGUGAUAGAGCACUGUUCAUACAAACUCUUUAUAACCUUGAAAAAGCUUUGUGCAACAUUCCUAACAGGUUGCAACAGUCUGAAAACAAAGCCACUGGUCAAUAACACAUUUUCUGUGUGACAUGUAAGUAAACAGUGUCUACGAGAUAAAUGAAAUGCCAUACAAACGAACCAUUCAAACUGCGCUAUACAGUACAUUACUGCUUUCAUAGGAAAUAGGUCACCACAUUCCUUGCUGCUAUUAUACUGAACUUCCAAGUGGGUCUUAAAUAUUCCAAGUUGUUGUUGCAUUUAAAGAACUUCCUGAAAGAUGUCAGAUCUUGCUAAUCUCACGCGGACCUUGGAAGAUGCCUUUAAGAAGGUCUUUACCAACUACAUGAACAGCUGGCAGAUGAAUGAAACAAAGGCAGAGAAGACCUUGGACGACAGACUGGCAGCAGAGAAUUUCAACGACGUUGUCUGGUAUCUGAUGGUCAUGAUUGGGAUGUUUUCCUUCAUCAUCGUGGCGAUCCUGGUGAGCACGGUGAAAUCCAAACGGAGAGAGCAUUCCAACGACCCUUACCACAGGUACAUUGAGGAGGACUGGACUGCCAAGCUGAAGAAUCAGAUCUUAAUCAUGGAAAACCCAAUGGCGAACUGAGAGCUCUGAGAAUCAAUAAUACAAAAUAAAUAAAUAGUGAAAUGUACAUCCAUUAAAAAAAAAUACAAUAGUAUUGUUAAAAAAGAAACAAAAAAAAAAACAACAUUAUGUGGUGUUGUAUAUUUCUGCAGAACCCAAAAAUUACAAACCUGCUGUACACCAGACUUUACUGUAAUGGAGAUGGCAUGCAGUAUUUAUACAAUAUUUAUGUCUUCCAUGACUAUCCUUGCCAGACAUGACAAAGGUGGCCUGGUGUAUGUGAGCUUAAACACACAAUAUGUGUUUUUAAAUGUCAUAAAGAAAAUGGGCUUAAUUUAAUUGAUCUACACAGCACUGGAUCUAAACACAGACACUGCAAUCAUUGAAAUGUGUGUAUCAUGGUUUUGAAAUUUAAACAUCUUAUCAGUGCAAUUUAAGGUUAAGGUAUUUCUGCUCCUUUGGUUGACUAGGCUGCUUUCUCUUGGGAUGUCCAAUGUCUUUUUAUUUUCUGCAAAUGUAAAUACAACUCCUAAUGAUUCAGAUGUUGAAAAUUUAGCAAAGACUCCCAUUAUACUCUGUCUAGAACAUUUCAAUGUGGUGAUAAUAUGCAGAGCGGAACAUUAAAGGGACUAACAAGUGUUUCACUGUAUCUAUAUAGAUUGCAGCAACCAGAAAGCGAGUGAUCAGCAACUGACUUUGUAUCAGAGUUUGGAAACAUAGUGAUUA